CCUAGCCAUCAAAGCCCUCCGAGCCGGCCACCCGGUUGAGACUUCCGAGGACGUCAAACAGAGAUAAAAAGGAGAGAAAUCAUAAGAAAAAUCAACGAAAACAAAGGAUAAACGGAAAAAAUUCGAAGUGAGCUAUUGUGGCUACCAACGGUCGCAAGCUGCCCCUUCUUCCUGCUCUCCCAAACCAUGGAGCCGUUGAAAACUAAAAAUGCCAUGCCGAUGGUGCCAAAGAAGAAGAAAGAAAAGGAGAGGCGAAGCGAAGGAGAGUUUGAGUUUUGUGAGGUGUGCAAGUUGAACCAUGACCAGGGCCACCGCCACAAGUACUUCUCCAGCCACCGCCGUGCCCUCGCCGCCUCCCUCGCUCGCUUCCAUAAGAAGCUCGCAGACCUUCGCUUCUUCCUCUGCAACCCCUCCCCCCUCCGCCCCGAGCACUCCACACUCAACCGCCUCUGGUGCCUUUUCUGCGCUGUCGACCUCCACGAGGUCAGCAGCCCCUUCGCCUGUAGCAAUGCAAUCUAUCAUCUGGCGAGCUUGGAGCAUUUGGAGAAUAUCAAGGGUUUCUUACAGAAGAACGGGGGAGGGAUGGAUCGGGUCGAUUCGUUUAGGGUUUCCGAGGCAGAGCUCCUUAAGUGGGAGAAGGGCUGUGAAUUACUGAAGAAUGCAGCUUCGGCAUCAAGCGAAGGACAUAUAGGACCAUCACCUGGGCUGUCAAAAGAUAUCCAAUAUGAACUUACCUCUAACAAGGAUAAUUUUCAGAAUAACUCUAACCACACUUUUAGUUCAACUGUUUCUCAUACUGUUAUGCCUUUACAAAGUCUUACCAAUGAGGGGUAUCGAGUAUGCCCUCUAGAGGUUAGUGGAACCACAGGUGCUGGUUCAAGUCCAUAUGUUGCAACUUCUUUGGAAGGGGGACUGCUGCAAAAUGUGGGUCUUCAGGACAUGCAUGCCAUGGGAAAUGUUGGACAUUUGACAGGCAGCCAAGCUACUCUUGUUGGAAACAAAGGAAAAGGUUCAGUUGGUUUGUCUUUUGGCAACAGAGAGGAUCAAAGAUCUGAUUCUGGAGGAGACUGCAGUGGGGUAUUGCAGACUUUGACUCAAAUAUCUUUGCCUUCUGGAGGCUGUCCAGCAAAUGUGCAUACUGGUGCUCCACCCCCCUGGUUUGAAACAAGUGAAGAACAUGAAAAAAGUCUCACAAAUAAAGGAUUACACAUGGAUAAGAAGUUAGGGAAGUCACGAAAAUUGAAUCCUAAGCGUGUGGGAGCAGCAUGGGCAGAAAAAAGAAGAAUUGAACUUGAGAUGGAGAAGCAAGGGGAAAUUGUUGCAAAAAGUUGGGAUGCUAACUGGCUCCCCAAUUUUGGUAGAGUUUGGCAAGCUGGUACCAGAAAGGAGUCUAGAAAAGAAUUUGAGAUAGAGAAACAAAAAUUCUUCAAGGAUGAGAACAAGUCUGAAUCAUCACUCAAAAUACAACCAUAUAUAAGCAAACGAAUGGGAAAAAUCAAUAGGUUGUCUAAUGGAAGAGAUGGAGAACAAUGAAAGAGACAGAAUUUCCAGCAAAUGUUGCUUCUGAUAUUUCUGCAGCAGCCAUAGUAUAUAUACCGUUUCCUAAGAAAUGAAAGUAAAUUCUCAAGGCAAUAUGGGGGCUUAGGUGGAUGUUACUAGAAUAAAUUUAAUAUAGGUGGAUGAGGAGUAGGAGCACUCCCAUCGCCUUGCUAUUUUGUUGAAUUGCUUGGCAAGUUACUUCCUCUUACAUGUCCAUGCUUCUAUUCUCUCACAUCCUUCUUCAUUAUCUAUUUGGGGUGCAAUAUACAUCAUAGUGAAGAAGUUUGAUUUGCAAAGAAGAGUGGAGUAAAAGAGGGGGAGGGCCUAUCAAAUUCGCUCUUCUAAGCCGUUCUUUUUUCUUUUUUUGUCCAAGAUAUUGUUUAGUGUUGUAAAUAUUUUGGAGAGAUAGAAAAGGAUGUUCCUUUCAAAUGGAUGGAAGGAGCUAGGAUAACCAGAAGUAUCUAAUUUAGCAUUCUUUUAGUUUUGAUUGAGGAAUGAAAUCCUGAAAGGCUGAAACACCUUGUGGCAAAAUUUGGAGAUGACAAGUUGGAGUUCAAAUGGAUAACUUGGAUCUUCAUUCUUCUUGGAACACUAUUCACAAGGUGGAAGGGAGCAUAUGGGAGGCAAGUGAUGUUAGGGUUGAUAAAGGUGUGAUCAGAUUCUCCUUCAACAUCACCUUUGAAUGAAUGAUAUAUUUUUAGGACUGUUGUCCAUAUCUUUAUUCUGCUGCCUAUGGUAGGGACUUGCUAUUAGCAUAUUUCUUUGAGUCAGUCAAUAAAUAGGAUUAGAAGAAAUCUUAAGGACAUGGAAAUGAUUUUUUUUCACCUUACUUGAAGCCACUUGAAGAUGACAAGUUUGUGUAGAAUUGUGCCCAUCAGAUCCUGAGUGUUGACUCCUUGAAACAAUAUUCCAAGUUCCCUAGUGAUGUGGUCUGGGUUUAUUGCAUUGUCCGUCAUUGGUGUUGGUGUCUGCUCUGCUAGUAUCUGCAGUGUUAGAUUUUUGAUUGAUGUGCCUUAAGUAUUCUUGAAAAUAUCCUUGAGAGAGGAAUGCAGCAUUACAACUUUACAGUGAUAUGGAACAUGUGGAAAUAGGGAAGAAGUUGGUGGAGGUCAAAGCAUUUAUUCAACUUUUCUUUGGAUACCAUUAGUGUUUGGUCUUUUGAUCUACCUGAGAGGCAGAUUUCCAUGAUUUGGCAAGGGAAAAAAAAAUGGAGAGAAUUUGAUACUCGAGAUUUGCUUAUCGGAGGGAAGCCUCCACAGCCUGAAUAAUUCAUUUGAAUUUUGGUGGACUUAUUUGUUUACAUUCGUGAUUAUGACAUCUUAUUGGUGAUUCUAAAAUGGGUGGCUAGAGACCACCAAGGGAAAGCAAAAGCCAUUCUCCAAUUUUGUCAUGAGCUCCAACCUUCUUAUUUCUACUAUGCUAGUGGAACACAACUUCCGCAACAUUAUAUUUUUCAGCUAAAUGUAAACAGCUUUCCUGGAAGUUGUCUUUUGGAUGCUGCUGGAUUUUUUUUUACACGGAACUGCCUCUCUCUCUCUCUCUCUCUCUCUCUGUAGGGUACCAAUGAGAUGGUGGAUUACCUUGCUUAAGGGGCAUGUGAAGAGCUGUUGUUGGGUGAAUCUUUGUCCAUGACUUUAUAUAAUUAUUUAUCUGUUUAUUUUAAUUGUUUGUUAUUAUCUUAACUAAAUUGCACUGGUUAUGUUGCUUCAUGAUUUUAUAUUGUGGCCAAAAGUGGUUUCUAGUUCCAUAUGAUCAUCAGUACUACAACGUUACAGCAUUGAACUUGUA